GGAUAUUCACUGCGAAGUUCAAGCACUAACGUCAAGACUUCCGGAUGGGAGUAAACAUAACUAAUUUUAGAUUUGUUAUUUUUAAGUGAAACAAAACAUUACCAAAGAUGUCGUUCGCAGGAUUAAAAAAACAGUUUAGCAAAGCAAAUCAGUAUAUGAGUGAAAAGAUAGGUGGUGCUAAAGGUACAGAGCUAGAUGAUGACUUUAUUGAAAUGGAAAGAAAAACUGAUGUCAUGGGUAAAUGUGUGGAUGACCUGAUAGGAAAAACAGAAGAAUUUCUGCAGCCUAACCCAGCCUCCAGAGCAAAAUUACGAACAGUUAACACAAUAUCAAAAAUGAGGGGUCAAGCAAAAACUGGUGCCUAUCCACAACCAGAGGGUACACUAGGGGAACACAUGUGUAAACAUGGGAAAGACUUAGGAGAAGAUUCAAAUUUUGGAGAAUGUUUAAUUGAAGCCGGAGAAAGUUUUAAACAAUUAGCUGAUUAUAAAUAUUCCUUAGAAGACAAUGUAAAACAGAACUUUUUAGAACCACUGACUCAUCUACAAACAAAAGAUAUAAAGGAAGUCAAUCAUCAUCGGAAAAAGUUAUCUGGUAGAAGAUUAGAUUAUGAUUGUAAAAAGAGAAAGAAGGAUAAAGAAACAACAAGCAAAGGCGCAGGAUCUCAAGUUACAGACGAAGAUCUAAGAGUAGCUGAAGAAAAGUUUGAUGAAUCAAAACAAUUAGCAGAAACUGCAAUGAAUAACCUCUUAGAAAAUGAUGUAGAACAUAUAUGCCAACUACAGUCAUUUAUAGAAGCUCAAGCUGAAUACCAUCGAUCAGCCAUGGAAACUUUACAGGCUCUAGUACAGACUUUAGAAGACAAGAGAGAAAAUGCUGGAAACCGACCAAGAAGGGAACGAAAAAUGCGACCAAUUUCUGAAAGACGAAGCUCCUCUCCUGACCACUUUUAUGAAGCAGCACCCAAUGACCUAACAAACCAUGGCAAUGGUGGUUUUAAUUAUAACUCUUCUUCUAGUUUUAAUUCGGCACCAAAACCAGAAGCUUGUUGUGAAGCUUUAUAUGACUUUGAACCAGAGAACGAGGGAGAGCUGGGGUUCCAGGAGGGGGAUAAUAUCAAGUUAAUAUCUCAAAUUGAUGAGAACUGGUAUGAAGGAUCUGUAAAUGGAAGGACAGGAUUUUUCCCUGUUAAUUAUGUCAAAGUUGUGGUGGAUCUGCCUCAUUAGAAUAAUCUCAUUGCUGACUGUUUUCGUUGUUGGUUUUUUGUGUACUAUGAUUUGAGCUUCCAAAUUUUAUUGUUGACAAGUAAUAUUCUUAAAUAGGAUUAAAAAAAAUUAUUGUGGAUAGCUAAGAUUCUUAGAUAAUGAUUUAAAUUAUUAAAUGUAUAAGGAGACAAAUAGUGUAAUGCAAUAGUUAUGCAAGAAUGAAGUUGGUUUAUUUUAAUAUACGUUGGAAGACAUUUAGUUAGAACUCUAUUAUUUUAAUUUAAUAUUUUAGUAUAUCAUUGAAUAGAACAUUUUUAUACGAUUCAAAAUUUUCGU